AUGAUUAUAUAUAUCUUUCUUAUCCAUGGUUCUGGUUCUGAUUAUUUACAUAUGCUAUGUAGGAUGAUUAUGAAUGAAUGGUAUCUUCCUGCUUUUGGCACAUUAGCUUUGUCUGGUGCAAGUGAUUGGUUGGAUGGUUUUUUAGCAAGAAAGAUGGGCAUCAAUUCUGUAAUUGGUUCAUAUCUGGACCCAUUGGCUGACAAGGUGUUGAUUUGCUGUGUUGCUGUAGCAAUGGUUGAGAAGGAGCUCUUACAUCCUGGCCUUGUUGGCCUGGUGGUUGCAAGAGACUUUCUCCUGGUGGGUGGGGCUUUCUACAAACGAGCAUCCAGCCUAGGAUGGAAGUGGAACAGUUGGUCAGACUUUUGUAACUUAGAUGCAAUUCAGCGUGAGAAGGUUCAACCUCUUUUCAUCAGCAAGGUAAAUACAGUAUUUCAGUUGAUGUUGGUUGCUGGUGCACUCCUUCAGCCAGAAUUCGGCACAGAGGAGACUCAGAAUUAUAUUACAUACUUGGGUUGGCUGGUUGCUACUACAACAAUGGCAUCCACAGUAGGUUAUGGUGUGAAAUACUAUCAGUUAAGACCGAGGACAUGA